AUGAUGGAGCCUUCGACCAAGCCGACCCACCCUCCCAAGGACGACCCGAUCUCGGUCGAGGAUCUGAAGCAGUACGACGGCACCGACGAGUCCAAGCCCGUCUACGUCGCUGUCAAGGGCACAGUGUUCGACGUAUCUCCCAAGCGCGAGAUGUACGCACCUGGUAAGGGCUACAACGUCUUUGCGGGCAAGGAUGGCUCGCGCGGACUCGGCAUGUCGUCACUCAAGCCCGAGGAUGCGGUGCCAGACUACAGCACGCUCGACGACAAGCAGCUCAAGGUGCUCGAUGACUGGCACUCGUACUACACUAAGCGCUACAACAUUGUAGGCAAGGUCGCACAGUAA